AUGGCUUUGAGAAUAAGUCUUGUGGGAGUAGUUAAGAGGGGAACGGGAACGGGAACGAAAACGAGAACGGGAACGGGAGCUAGAUUUGAGAUGCGGGGAUGGGGAUUUGGAGAAAGCUUGCGGUUGAGGUCGAGGUUGAGGUUGAGGGGUGAGGUAGCGAGGAACUUGGGAAGGGGAGAUAGAGGUGGAAGUGGAGUUGGGUUUGGAGUGGGAAUACAGAGGAGAGGUCUUUUGACGGAGAGUUGUAGUAUUGGACCUACUGAGCCGCCACUCCUUCAACACACGAUCCCCGAACAUUUCCAUAGCAUCGUCAGCGCUCUUGGCUCAAACCUCGCGCUCAUCUCUCACUCCCAAAAUAUAAAACUUACAUAUCAAGAAUUGGACGAGAGGAGUAAUGUGAUAGCACAUGGGUUGCUGGGCAUGGGGCUUAAGAAGGGGGAUAGGGUAGCCGUUAGUUUGGGGAAUGGAUGGGAGUUCGGGGCUAUCACUUAUGCCGUUUGGAAGCUGGGGGCUGUGUUGGUACCUUUGAAUCCAGCAUUCAACACGAAACAAGUGGUCUCGGCAUUAAACCAUCUAAAGGCUUCACACCUGAUAAUCGGUCAGGAAACACAUUUACCUUUCAAAAAGCCCAGGAAUAAUACACCUUUGCUGAAGGAUAUCAUUGGGGAUCUCAAUCGAAAGGCAUUGGAAAGUGAGGCUAUACCCAGUCUGAGGAAUGUAAUUCUAGUAAAGAAUUCCGAGACUGAGAAUAAUGUGGAUUUCGUUUCUACCACCCCUUUUGGAGAUGUGAUAAAUGGGUACGACUCGUUUAAGAGAAAGGAGGUUAUUCCAGAUGAGAAAUUACAUAAAGAUGAUGUGAUCAAUAUUCAAUUCACAUCAGGUACGACUUCGACUCCUAAAGCUGCUUGUUUAACGCAUCAUUCUAUCCUCAACAACGGUUAUUUUAUCGGCUCUCGCAUGGCUCUUACACCAUCCGAUAUAGUCUGUUGUCCGCCCCCCUUAUUCCACUGCUUCGGUUCCAUCCUUGGAUACAUGGCAACCGCGACACACGGCAGCACAAUUCUAUUUCCCUCUCCCGCCUUCAAUCCCACCGCCACACUUCUCAGUGUUCAAGAACACCAGGCCACGGCCCUCUACGGCGUCGCCACCAUGUUUCUCGCCGAACUCGAACUCCUCUCCAAUGGCACCAUCCCUAACACCGGUUUCUCGCAUCUGCGCACUGGUAUCGCAGCCGGUUCCUCGGUUCCCAAAUCAUUGAUGGAAAAACUUCAUAAACAGUUGAAUCUGACCGGUUUGACGAUUUGUUAUGGGAUGACGGAAACGAGCCCGGUUUCUUGUAUGACCACUCCCACUGAUCCGAUGGAAAAACGUUUGGAUAGUGUUGGGAAGGUAUUACCUCACGUCUCUGUUAAGAUCAUCUCAACGUCUGAUCCCAACAAGAUUCUUCCGCUAGGUGAACGGGGCGAAUUGGCCGUCUCGGGGUAUUUGGUCAUGAAAGAGUAUUAUGCAGAUUCAGAUCGAACCAAGGAAGUAUUAAUUUCAGACAAAGAAGGGAAGAUAUGGAUAAAGACAGGUGAUGAAGCAUGUAUGGAUGAAGAAGGAUAUGUGAAGAUUACAGGGAGAAUUAAAGAUUUGAUUAUACGAGGAGGAGAGAAUAUCCAUCCGCUUGAAAUUGAAGAUUGUAUUUUUGGAAUGGAGGAUGUGAGGGAGGUUAGCGUGGUGGGGGUUCCGGAUCAUAAAUAUGGAGAAGUGGUUUGUGCGUGGGUUGUGGGUAAGAAGGGUGUUAAAAGGGGGGUGGAUGAUGCGGGGGUAGGAGGAGAUGAACAACCGAUGAGUUGGGAAAAAUACGAGAAACGUAUCUCUAAGGGAAGUAUCAAGAACACCAAUGGCGAGAAUCCAGCGAUAGCUGCUGAGGAUAAAUCUAGGAGGAAGGAGGAAGAAGACGGGAUAAAAUCAACACUCACUAAAGAAUCGAUUCAGAGCUAUGUGAGGACACAUCUGAGUGGACAUUUGGUUCCUAAGUAUGUCUUUUGGAUAGAUGAGUAUCCGAAGACUGCGAGUGGGAAGAUUCAGAAAUUUAAAUUGAGGGAGAGGGCGGAAUGGGUUAUUGGUGGUGGAGAAGAGUAG